AUGUCAAUUUUCGCCUAUCUCCCGGCGCUCCCGCCCUUUCUCUUCUCCGCUCUCGUCGUGAGUGGCCUCGCCUCGAAGAUCCUACACAUCGGCCUUCACAUCCGCUCCCUACCAUUUCUACACUUCGUCUUAUACUCGCCAACUCUCCUUCUCCCCGAUCUCUUCAUCAUUACCUGCGGGCGGGUAUUGUUGCAGUUCCCUACCCCGAGUUCUAAAUUACAAUGGUUGUCAACAUGCGUCGGAGGUUUCUUUUCUCUUGUUACGUGGGGCGCCGCUGCCAUUCAAUUCGGAUUCUUUCUCCAAACCGGUGCCGAAGUCGACUGGACCGCCAGCAACAGCUUCCUUAGCGAUCCCGCUGCCAUGAAGAUUCUCCUCACUGGCAUCUGGACCGUUUCCGCCGCCGGGCUUGUUCUCGGUCUCUUGGCUUGGCUGCUUCAUUCCAAGCUUUAUAACUGGACCGGGUACGCGCUCGAGGCGAUCCGAGACCUCAUAUGCGGUGCAUAUAGCGCCUGCAGAGGGGGUUAUCAAGCACGUUACACCUUGAUCACCGCACCCAACAAAUCCUGGAUCAAUUCGGUUGAUAUCAGGUCAGCACGCCGUACAGCUCUUCUCGUCGCCGCUUCAUUUUCGUUAUUGUUUCUGGAAAUCGUUCGCCCUGCUAUACCAUAUGAUCAUCUAUCGAGCGCGCUACCUUUGUCACUACUUGAUGCUUUCACCAAAAAGACCAUCACGGUGGAGGGCUGCAGGAACCCCUCGAAAGCGUUCCCUAUCUGGACGAAUGUUAACCCUAUUCCUUUGAAAGAUGGCUGGUCUCGCCCCGCAUGGCUUCCGGAGGACACGCCUGACGGAUUUAGUCGCUGGGGUAUUGAUCCUUACAAGCGCGCGGAGAAGGACAACCCAUCUUGGUAUCUAUGCAGUGGUGGCGACGACGGCGGAUUUUUUAAUCCUAAAUCGGAUCCUUUGAAGAUUUCUAAUCUUGGCGAUGACAUCUACGAGCCACUGAAGAAGGCCUUCAAGGAACACUCGGUGGCUAUCGACAACGUCAUACUGAUAACACUGGAAAGUGGACGCAAGGAAAUCAGGGGACCCCCCCUGUUCGAUGGGUUGCUUGCUUCACACCCCGAGGAGGACAGGGAUGAUGCAAUCGACCGCCUGGUUGAGAGUACUCGCAUCGCGCAGAUGUUGACCGGUGAGCAUGUGAAGGACAGCCAAGGGAAGCUGGUCAGUUUGGCCAACUCGACUUGGCGGGACACAACAGAGGAAGGUAUGGGAGGUCUGAAUGUCCAAGGAGCGAUUACAGGGAGCACUCUUACUUUCAAAAGUAUUCUCGGUAGUCAUUGUGGAGUCAAUCCCCUUCCGGUUGAUAUGUUGGAAGAAUCCGGUCUCGAAAUCUACCAGCCAUGCCUGCCUCAACUGUUCGAAGCUUUCAACAAGGCCAAGAGCCCAGUGCAACCAACACAACCUGAAAAGGUCGAGAAACGCAAGACGGCAUCCAACCAGUCGGAAGCUGUGGAAUACCCGUGGAAAUCGGUCUUCAUGCAGUCUAUCACCGACGACUAUGAUCGCCAGGACGUCCUCAAUAACCACAUGGGCUUCAAACACAAGGUAGUCAAAAGCACCCUGAAAGACUUUCACUCGAAAUAUCGCGCCAAGGGCGAAGAGAUCAACUACUUCGGCUACGCCGAGACCGAACUGAAACCAUAUAUUCGCGAUCUUUUCGAAGAGGCCGCCAUCAACAAAACCCGCCUUUUCCUCUCCCACGUCACCAGCACAACCCACCACCCUUGGUCCACACCCGAGGAUUUCAAACAGGUGUCCUACAUGGGCCAUGAAGGAACCAUCAAACACGACCUGAUGAACAACUACAUCAACGCGGCGCGCUUCGUUGACAAUUGGCUCGGCGACAUAAUGACCAUGCUCGACGAAUCCGGCCUCGCCAACAACACCCUCGUCGUAGUCGUCGGCGAUCACGGCCAAGCAUUCGGCGAAGACAACAAAGAUUUGACAGGAACCUACAACAACCCCCACAUUAGCAAUUUCCGCGUCCCCCUCGUCUUCCGACACCCUCACAUGCCGCGAAUUCACAUCUCAGCCAACGCAACCGCCCUCUCCAUCAUCCCGACUAUCCUGGAUAUGCUUGUUCAAUCCGAAUCCCUGGAUGAGCAGGACUCGGCGAUCGCAUCUGCGGUUUUACCUGAGUACCAAGGCCAAUCGCUCAUCCGACCCUUCCGCACAUCUAUCCUCGAGAAAGAAGAUGCCGAAAACGGACGCAAGAAGUUAGCCUGGAAUUUCGGCCUCAUCAAUGCGGGCGGUGCCAAAAUGUCCGUCACAGCUGCCGGCUCUCCGUACCGACUUAUCCUCCCCAUCAAAGAGGACUCGGAAUACGUCUUCUCUCAUCUGGGCAAUGAUCCCGGUGAACUGUCUCCCAUGAAGUCAUGGUCUCUGUCCACUUUGACAGAGACCGUCAAAACCAAGUUCGGCAGUGAAGCCGCUGCUUGGCUUGAAGAUGCGGAGAAGGUUGGGAAGUGGUAUGUUAAUGACCAGAGGCGGAUAUGGGGGUAUAGGGAAGCUUGA